AUGCCCAACCAAAGCACUGUGACAGAGUUUCUUCUCCUGGGAUUCUCUGAUACUUGAGAACUGCAGAUAUUCCACUUAAUGGUAUUUCUGGGGAUUUAUCUGGCUGCCGUGGUAGGAAACUUUCUCAUCAUUGUGGUCAUAGCUGUCAAUAAUCACCCCAUGUACUUCUUCUUGAUGAAUUUGUCCAUCUUAGACCUUUCAGCCAUCUCUGGCACCCUCCCGAAGUCCAUGGCCAAUUUUCUGUUAAAUACCACAGUCAUCUCCUAUUCUGGCUGUGCUGCCCAAGUCUUUUUCUUCCAUGUCUUUGGUGCUGCUGAUCUUGCUUUACUCACUGUCAUGGCAUAUGACCGUUACAUUGCCAUCUGCAAGCCUCUUUAUUAUAAGACAAUCAUGAAGGGGACUACUUGCAUCCACAUGGCAGCCAGUGCAUGGCUCAGCUGCGUCCCUUCCUCUGCUCUCCACACUGGGAACAUCUUUCAUUUGUCCUUCUGCAAGUCCAACAUCAUUGACCAGUUCUCUUGUGAAGUUCCACAGCUUCUCAAGCUUUCCUGCUCUGAUUCAUACUUUAGUGAAGUUGGGGUUCUUACAUUUAGUUUCCUUUUAGUCGUCGUCUGUUUUGCUUUUAUAAGUAUGUCCUAUAUUCAGAUUUUCACCGUGGUCUUGAGAAUUCCUGUCAAGGAAAAACAGCGUAAAGCUUUUUCAACCUGCAUUCCUCAUCUCAUCAUGGUCUCCAUGUUUGUCAGCACCGGUUCUUUCGCCUAUCUUAAGCCUGUCUCCAACUCCCCAUCAGCUCUGGAUCUCACAGCUUCUCUUCUCUAUUCUGUGUUGCCGCCAGUGAUAAAUCCAGUCAUCUACACCAUGAGGAACAAUGACAUCAAAGCUGCCAUGCGAAAAUUAACUGACCACAGAUUAUUAUGCAGAAAUAAAUAA